AUGCAAGUUGAAGCCUACUCCAACAGGGUCAAGGUUGGCGACACAUUGCUGGAAAGUGAAUUGGAGUACUUUGUUCGCGAGCUCUUUAAGGAAAUUGACCAGGAUGGUAAUGGCUAUCUUGAAUUUCAAGAGCUCCGCGCAUUUUUGCGCGAUGAUCUUUUGUCAGAUAAAGCUGCUGAAGCUUCUGUCAUUAACGAGCUAUGCGAGACGAAGAUAACAUUUUCUGAACAACUCGCAGAGCGGAUUAAGCGCCCUGCGUUCGAGAGACGCUUUUGGGAACUUUUUGAGAGUGAAGCUCACAUUAAGAAUCGUUCAAUCAUCAAUCAAAAUCCGCUGGAUUUACAAAAAAAGCUGGUUCGGCUGCUCAAGAACUAUGACGCCGCGAACCUUAUCUGGGAUGCGUUGGUAUUGCCUGCGAUGGAAGACAAUUGCUCGGACCGUUCUAUAUAUGAGUGGCUACUGCAGCCGUCCACGCGCUGUGGAGGUAUCAGCGAGUACCAGAGCGCAGCGAAAGUUAUUGCAAAGAAAAAACGUGACGGUAUUUUUAGUGCAGCCAUCGAGGAAACAGAGAAUUUGGUAAGCAAGCUUACGCAAAAUAUGAACUUGGUGAAGAAAGAGCUGCACUUCACGACAGACGUAAAAAUGGGAAACGUGCGACUAGUUCUUAUGGAUGCUGAACUACCUGCUCGCUUUUGCCGUGGCAAUUUUGUCACAAAGAAUGUAGCCGAGCUACUGUAG